AUGGGUCGUGAAGUUUUCAUCUGUCUAGAAUACGGUACAUCAAAAUUAGAAAAGCGAUCACUGCAGCUACGAGAGCCCACCACGUGGCGAAAGCCCUGCCCAGUACCAGACACCGACCGUUGGUUGCGCCCCAAACUGCAGACGGAGGCGAGGACAUCACACUUGAGCGCAGCCGUUCAGCGCUCCCCUGGCGGGCCUCCAGGCCAGCCAGACCAGUCAUCAGAACAGCCAAAGAAGUCCGACCGUGCCCGGCUUUAUAUGCGAUGCGUUUCCCCAGACCCAGCAUUCCCCUCCCCGGUAUCUGAUUGGCGGUUGGGAAAGGGAUUUUCCCGCGGAAAACCUAUUGCAAUGCCUUUGCGACAAACGCACACUGGCAUGAAGUCAGAUAGAAGAAAAUUUUAAAAGAAUUCUGGGAUCAGGAGAAACCAUAAAAUUUUGAAAACCAAGUACGAGUUGAUGCAUAAAAUAACCAGAAGAACCUCUGUUACACUGAUGAUCACAUUAUUAAGUUUCAACAGAACGUUGAACCAACAAAAAAUGUAAAUCUGCUAGUGCUGUUCCAUCACUCUGUGUAAUAAAUAUGUGAAAACUUCAACUGCAUCACAGGGAGAAGAAAUUAUUCACAUUGUGAAUGCGGAAGAAAAUAACACUCAAAUAAUAUGUAACUCGUCCAACAAUUCAUCUUCUUUAAAACAAAAUAUUUCAUCUAAAUUUACAAAGGAAAAUACAUCAACAGAACUCUCCCUACCAAAUAUGUUGCAGAAAGACAAUAUAAAAACCAGGGGAAAAGAUGGACAGAGAGGAAUAAGAGCACUAAUUGAAUAUAUAAAAUUUAAAACAAGAAUGGGAAUUACCAAGUAUAAAAGUGCAAAAUUGACUUGUAAUUUAAAAUGUAAAUACAUUGUUCUAUAAUAAAUAAUUAU